AUGGCGAGUGAAAUGAAGUUGCUGUGGGUAUUAUUAUUACUUUUCACGACGGCGCUUUGUGAUAAGAAGCUAAACUUGGAAGACAUUGAGAGGGACCAUAUUCGAUCCGAUGUCAAGAAUAGCGGAGGAAAAAAAACAACGAAAGAUACUAUACGAAACGAAGACUCGAAAUAUCUUCUAAAAGCGGAAGUUAGCAGCCAGUCACAACAGCAAUAUCAUGGUCCACCGGCUCCUCCCCAGGAACUCGGCAAUCAAGUUGGAGAUUAUGCGGAACUGCCGUCUUAUGGAAGUUUCAAAUACGCGACACAGCCAUAUGAGUACAGUCAAGAUAAUUAUCAACAAAAUAAAAACGCAGUCACUUACUUACAACACGGUUCAGAUUUGGUUAAUCCAACAGAACAUCAUCAAUCGGAGCAACAACAAUAUGUUCAGGAAGGGCGAAGCAACUCACAAAAUGACUACGAUGCGCUACAACAACAGCAGCAGUUUUAUCAGCAAAAAGUUCUAAUGGGAAAUCAGUUGCAAAAUGUGCAACAAGAGGCGGUUGCACAUAAGUAUGUUGAAAAAAAUCAGAACGAAGGUGCUUAUUAUAUGAAUAUACCGUCCAGCCAAAUACUGUCAUACUACCAGAAUUAUGGCAUGGCCCAGUCAAGCAAUAAGGAUUCAGAGCAACAAAUUUCUAUCCCAAUUUAUAUGCCUGCAUAUGCUCAAAAUCAAGUGUACACUCCAACAAAAGUUUCAUAUCAGCCAGAAAUGCAAUUCGUAUCUUUAUAUCCAAAACACACUCAGGUGGUUUUUACAAAGACACCAGAAGGAGUGGCAACUUCGUCUCACACAUCGACAUCAGCAGCAUCCACAAAUCUGGCUCAACAACUCCCUGCGACUAACCAACACCAGCACACUGUUCCAAUUGAUGUACAGGGUGAUGAAGCAUAUACUUCUGUAGCUUACAAACCCCAAAAAUAUGAAUAUUACGUCACCCAGCAACAGCAGUCCCAACCUCGAUAUGUGCACCAACCUAAACAGUCGCAACAACUGGUCUACGAAAAUUCUGGAGUUUAUGCCGACAUAUAUAGCACACCGUCUACAGCAUACGUACAAGACAACUCACUAUUUGAGCAGCAAAAAUCACAAAUACAAGUACAGGACCAGCAUAAUCAGUUGCAACAGCAGCAUCAACAGUAUUAUGUACCAACAAGUCUUGCUGAACAAUAUAUGGCGCAAUUACUUCACCAAGCAGGCAUUCAUAAUACGGCUGAUAUAGUUCAACAAGCUACUAAGGAAACACAGGAAUCGCUCCAUCGAGAUUUUUCACCCCCACAAUACCAGGCGCAAAAAUUCCGUGCUAGUCACGAGGUUACUCACUUGGCUCCGGUAGACAGCGAAAACGAAGGUUUCCAUUCAAAGCCGAUCUACUCAUCCGCAUCAGUACUGUCACAGCCGAAAACACUCCUCGAUUCCUACGUACCAAGUCACGUCAUAGCUGCGCAAGAUGCUAACCGGUAUAGAGAAAGACCAAUCAAACUUGAAAGCGGCUUCCUACCAUCUAAAAUAAACUUUAUUAGAUCUUAUAAGAAACGCAAAACCGAAUAAAACGCAGUGAAUUUUUGGCAAUGAGAUUAAGAAUACACCAAGAACAA